AUGGCGCACGUCACAGAGCAACUAGCCAGGAGACGCCGAACCAGUGCCCCCAAAAAACGAACUGGAUGUGGCACUUGCAAGAUUCGCCAUAAGCGUUGUGACGAAGCGAAGCCUAUCUGCAAUAUCUGCCGCAAGACUGGGCGCAUUUGCGAUGGAUACAUUGACCCCUCAACCGGCAGGCAGUUCGGUGGCCAUGCUGACCGAAAUUCCCCCUUCCUCGGCAUUGGCCCUCGCACACUCUUUGCCAACGAAGUCGAAGCUCAAGGCUUCCGGUUUUUCGAAACUGCGACCGAGAUCCAGCUUGCAGCCGCGCUUCGGAAUCACGGCUGGACUCCGCCCCUUCUCCAAUUGAGCCACCAAGACCCCGCUAUCCGCCAUGCCGUCAUCGCUAAUGGCAUCAUGAGUAGGCGAUAUCAAGCGAGCGAGAUUUCGGCCUCGACAGAACCACUAGCAAACAAUUUAUCUCAGGCUGCACUUCAACAAUAUUGCAAAGCCAUUGCUUGUUUCCGGUCCCAGCUGGGCUCAAACCUUGAUGUCAAUUCGCCGUCACUGGAAACUGCACCCGCAUGUUUCGUGCUUCUGAUCAUGUUCGAGUUCAUGCAGGGCAACGCGUCUGGUCUGAUUAUACAUUUGAAACAUGCAAACAAAUUAGCAGCGACUUUCGGUGGGAGUCGACAAACACAGUUUUUUAUAGAUUUACUGGCGUUGAUAGAGACGGUCGCAGCAUUGUGGCUCAACCUAGACUUGUCUCCUGCCGAUGCUUCACCGUGCCUCCAAGAAUUGAACAAAUGUCCCAGACCUUUGUCAUUGCCUCAUGGUCAGAUCUCACUCUAUUAUGAUCUUUCCUGGAUCAACGACGAUGUUUUAAAAUGGCGUCAUGCCGUGGCAUCUGCCCACGUGGAUUCAAUGACGCAUGCCGUUGACCCAAAGAGUUUCUGUGCCGUUUCAUGGCGAACCAUCCAGUCCAAGCUAGACACUUGGCAUGAAAGAUGGGCUACAAGGUCUCCAAACGAAGAAGAUAGCGCACCACACUACUAUUCUCUUCUCCGUGUGAACUAUCUCGUCACCGUCCUCGUCGUCGAUGCGGUUCAUCAACGGCAUUUAUCAGCGCAGCCUAUCCAGAACGAGUUUACUCACAGCCGUGAGCCACCGAAGUUAGAUUAUUUCAACGAGAUUUUCAAAUCAGUUGCAGAAGUUCUAGAAGCGGGCCACUCUUUUAGUCGAUACUAUCCUUGCGCUGAAGAGGGACCGCUCGAAGCUGCAGGCUUGCUGCCUUUGUUUUCCUUCCGGCACAGCUUUAUUCAACCGCUCUUUUACGUUGCGCAACACGCUCCUCAGGCAUCACUACGCCAGAGAGCAAUUGGGCUUCUUAUGGAGAAGCCAUGGCGUGAAGGUGCAUGGGAUUCCUAUAUUAUGGGUUCCAUUGCAAAAAGUUCACUGGGAGGCAUUGCGGGCAUGCAUUGA